GCGCAGACGUUGCGCUCUGCCGAGCUCUCCUUAUUUUGCACUAAUGCCACGGAAGUACCAGGACAUUAACGGGGAUACAGCUGUGGAUCUAACAAAGACGUCUAACAAAACGCAUUUGUGAAGAUGAUGGAUGCGACGGAGCUGUGGACUACUCACUGAGCUAUUGAAAAUGGCUACAUUGUAACGUCGGAGAGACAUUUCUUACAACGAGCUAAAAGUUAACGAGUCUCAGUUUCUCCAGGGUCGAUGUGAUAUGAUUGUAAAAUGUCAUACACAGUUUGUCUUGGAUGUUUGCUGUUUGUGUAAAUCAACACUAACCUUAGCAACGGGCCAUAUUCAUACAGUUUGGAUAAAGGAAAAGUCUUUGAAACAAAACAUUUGACUAAUGGAUCGGCAUUUCAGUAUCGUUUCCAUGUGGUUACAACUGGAACUUUGUGCGUUGGCUGUUCUUCUGACGAAAGGUGAAAUAAGGUGCUACUGUGAUGCUCCACACUGUGUGGCCACUGGCUAUAUGUGUAAGUCCGAGGUGAACGCCUGCUUCACACGGAGUUUAGACCCGAGCAGCCCGCGCUCCCUGCUCUCCCACGGCUGCUACGAUCCUCUGCUCAACUCGGACGACGUGUGUCGAUCCGACGCCGCCUUUGACACGACGGGCCGGGGCUUCUCCAUACUGGAGUGCUGUCACGAGGACAUGUGCAAUUACAGAGGCCUUCAAGACCUGGCCUACGGCAGAAGAGAAACUUUAGACCGACGGGAUCGGCACCAGCAGUCGGAGGGCGGCGGUCGUCACCUAGUGGCGCGUGUCCAGGAGGCGCCAUCCAGCCGGGAGGUGUGGUUCCGGGCGGCGGUUAUCGCCGUGCCCAUCGCUGGAGGGCUCAUCCUGGUGCUGCUGAUCGCUCUGGCGCUGCGCAUGCUGCGCAGUGAGAGCCGGCGGCUGCGGCAGCAGCGGCGUGAGAUGCUCUCGCGCCUUCACUACAGCUUCCACGGCCACCAGCUCAAGAAGGGCCACGUGGCCAAGCUGGACCUUGAGUGCAUGGUGCCCGUCACGGGCCACGAGAACUGCUGCCUGACCUGCGACAAGAUGCGGCAGUCGUCAGAGCUGGCCGGCGAGCGCCUACUCUCGCUGGUCCACUGGGGGAAGUACGGAGGCCGGGGCAAGAUGGAGUUUGUGUGAUGUUUUUUUUUUUUCUCCCCAAAACAUCAUGAUGAUAAAGCUCCCUGGUAGACUGAGACAGGACUUUUCACAUCUCUGGCAGUUCAGAAAGAGAAAAAACAAGAACGACAAAAACUUUGAAGUUCUGAGCAUUUUAACCGUGUGGUUAAGGCUUUUUAAUGGCACUUUAUACUUGAAAACACAAGUUGGAUCAACAGUGGAGGAGCUUGGGCUUUGGCUCAUAUAGAAGUCAACUGUACAGUAGCUGAAUCUGCCUCUGUAAUCACUGAAGGAGUCCAAAAUUACAGUUGUAAAAAUUGCACUUUUUAUGAAAAGAAAACUGUAGUGUUUUGCUUUAAGGAAAUGACUAGACACUGACUGGCUGCAGAACACAAGGAGACUCCAGUUCCAUUAGAAAAAAAAAUGAGUUGCUUCUAUGUGUGCAUCCGUUCCUAUGUAAUAUCUUCAAGUUGAUCUCUGUAAAGAUUUCUGUGUGUGUGUGUGUGUGUGUG